AUGAAGGGCUGGCGGGGAGCACGCGUUCAGGGGAAAUGGGGCAAUAGGAAGCAGGUUGAACGAGGUACCUUUUUUGGACCGGCCACGGGUAAUAACAGAAAAAUCCCGUGCUGCUACCGGCCGGGGCCGGGUUUACACAACACGGGACGUAUUGCCCGACGCGCGAUUGCACGAAUACCAGCUGACGGCCGGUUUCGGGAAAAUACCCUGCCACGCGGUGCGUGGUUACAUGGUACACCGGCGGCCGACGGUGCCCCGCCGGUUGCCCCGGCCCGGGGAAAAGCACGUUACGGAAACGGCUGA